AUGCGGGUGCUGGUGCUGGGUUCUUGUUUGCUUUUACAGGCGCCGGGCGGCAAAAAGCUCGCCGACAAUGUCAAGGUCAUUGUGCGGUGCCGACCGCUAAACAAGAAGGAGGUCGCGGUCAGCGCAGCCGAGGUUGUGACGGUGGAAGAACGCCGAGGUACCAUCAGCGUUCGGGAUCCAGAGGCGCCAAAGGUUUUCACCUUUGAUCAAGUCUACGACCAAAAGUCACUGCAAACCACCGUGUACAAGGAGAGCGCAGAGAAUAUCAUUGAUGCUGUGCUCGAGGGUUUCAAUGGCACCAUCUUUGCCUACGGGCAAACAGGCACAGGCAAAACCUUCACCAUGACCGGUGCGUCAUGUGAUGCGAGUUUACCUGGCAUCGUGCCUCAGUCCUUUGAGCAAAUUUUUAACACGAUUACCAACAGUCAGGGCAAGCAAUACUUGGUUCGCGCGUCCUAUUUGGAGAUUUACAACGAGGAUGUGCGUGACUUGCUGUCGCGCGACCACACCCGCAAGUUGGCUGUGCGUGAAAACCCCGACACGGGUGUUUACGUUGAAGAUCUGACGUCCAUCGUUGUCAAAGGAACGAAAGAAAUCACCAAGGUCAUGAACGUCGGGCUCAAAAACCGCGUGGUUGGUGCCACCAACGCCAACGAUCAGUCGUCGCGCUCUCACUCAAUUUUUAUGAUUGAUAUCGAGUGCUCGGAGAUUGAUGAAGCCGGCGAGGCUCACUUACGAUCGGGUCGCCUGAAUCUGGUUGAUCUGGCUGGUUCUGAACGUCAAUCCAAAACUGGUGCAGCUGGCGAGCGUCUCAAGGAAGGGGCCAAGAUCAACCUUUCCCUGACGGCCUUGGGCCAGGUUAUCAAGGCUCUGGUGGAAUCCAAGUCUGGCGCCCACAUCCCCUACCGAAACUCCUCGUUGACACCCGGCUUAUUUGAGUUUUGUGCGUGCCCAUGGUGCACUUGGUUUGUGCAGGACUCCCUUGGCGGCAACUCCAAGACAAUGAUGGUCGCGACCAUUGGACCGGCCGAUAGCAACUUUAGUGAGACCAUGAGCACCCUCGGCUACGCGCAUCGUGCAAAGAGCAUUAAAAACCGACCCAAAAUCAACGAGGACCCCAAGGAUGCUUUGUUGCGCGAGUAUCAAGAAGAAAUUCUUCGCCUGAAAGAACAGUUGGGCAAGGGAGGCAAGAAGCGCAGCGGCAAACGACGCAAGCCCCGAACCAUCAAGUUUGAUGCAAACGGCCAAGAGAUCCCCCCCGAAGAGGGUGAGGACCAGGAAGAGUCUGACGACGAUGAGGGCAAGGAUGGCGUUACCGAUGAGGCUGAGCUUGCUCGCAUCCGUGAAGAAGAAUUGCGCAAGCUCGAAGAAGAAAAGGCCGCCAUGAUGGCAGACAACACGAUGCUCGAGGAAACCAAGACGCAGCUGUUAGCGCAAAUGAGUGCUCGCCAAGGCGAGAUUCAACAAGAACAACGGCAAGCCGCUCAGUUGGCCUCGAAAAUCAAGGCAUUGGAGUCCAAGCUUCUGGUCGGCGGCAAGUCCAUCGAGGAACAUACCGCCGAGCAGGAGCGCCAGCUGCGUGCUCGACAGCGCCAGCUUCAAGAGCAGGCUGCACAAGCCGCGCAGCUGCAGGCCGAGCUGGAGGCGCGUCGUGAGCGCCGCGAAGCGGUCGAAGAGUCAUACACCUCCUUGGAGAAGGAAGUGGAGCACAAAACCAAGAAGCUGGAGAAAGUUUUCCACAAGCUCAAGGAAAUUGAACAACGCAUCAAUGUCAUGCAUGAGCGCUUUGCUCAUCAACGCGAGGAAGUGCAAAUUCAAACAGAAGAGGCUCAAAAGCGACUGCGGCUUAAGCAACUGAUCAUUGAGCAUUUCAUUCCGCCAACUGAGGCUGACAAGCUGCGCCGCCGAGCCUUUUUUGAUGAGGCUGCGGGAACCUGGGCCCUGCGCCCCAUCACCGAGACGGAUGACUUGGAGAGCACCGUCACACGAGAUCGGCCAAAAAGCGCCUUUGCAUCCCGCAACCGUGCCAUCACCGUCUUUGCUCAAAUGCAAGCGGCUGUGGACACCAACCCGCGCUACAAAGCAGAUAAUAUCAUGGCUGUCGAGCUGGACAUGCCAGAGCGAACCACCAUGGAUUACUCUGGUCCUUCGGUGAGUGCGCGUGCACAAGAGGCGCUCGACGCCGCACUGCGUGAUGAGGGGGACGUGGUCAUUGGCCAAUCGACGGAUGACUUUAUCGAUGAGAUCAUUCGUAAAAAGCGUCGGGAAGAGAAAAUGGCUAGCAAACGCCAACGACCUGGUACUGCUAAAGGGCCCAAAAGAACGGGGACCGGACGCUCAAAUGGACCUGCAGAAGAGUUUCCCUCUCGUCGGGGCUUGGUCAAAGAACGAGCAUAGCCGUAUUACAUACACUUCGACGUCUGCACGCCGGGCGUGCGCUGCCUUGAAUGCCAUCGACCUGGUUUACCUGGCUCAUGUUUUCUUGAUCACUGGAUUAUCUUUAAUAACGAGUGCGUGGUUUUUUUUUGGAGGGGAGGUGGCUGACUCACCUCAUGUCGAGAAUUACUGACAGUAAAAAAAAAUUAAGACAGUUUUUG